AUGAUUGAUUAUGAAAAAAUUAAUGGCUUUAGUAAAAUGUUAAGUAUAAGAUUGCUUCUUAUAAGUAUAGCUUUAUUGAUUGGAGUAGUUUUAAUUAUAAAAUUACAACCAAAAAGACAAGAAGAAGAUUUGAAUGAACAAAAUGUUAAAGAGCCAAGUUGUGAUAAUUUUUUAUUAGAAGAAAUUCAACAUAACAAAUCAAAUUUCAUAGAGAAUUUUGUUAGAGGCGUGGAAGCAUUUAAAUUAAAUAAAACUUACAUACUUGAUAUUAAUAAAAAGAGAUCUAAAACUCACAAGACUGUAAUGAAUUAUUCUGUAUUUAAGGUUAUCAGAGGAGAAAUUACUUUGUUUUAUGAUGAUAUAAUGACUGGUGUAUUUAGGACUGGUGAUAUUUUCUUUACACCUUCUUUUAUUUCAUCUGAAGUUGAAUUAAAAACUAAGAAUGUUGUUUAUGUUGCUACUGCUGAUUCAAAACUUGUACUUUAUCACUUCUAUCCAAUGAUUGAUAGUGUAAGAAAGAUCAUUUAUAGAAAAUUUAAAUCAGUUAUGUUUUCUAUAUUUAAAGAUGGUAAUAUUGAUUUGUUGUUGUACGGAAUGACGUACGAAAGAACUAUUAAACCGAGUAUUGACGAUAAAAAUGUGUAUUUUUCUAAAUAUGGUAAUUGGAAUUUAACUAAUUUUUUAGAAAUUUAUGAUGAUGUUUUUAAAAACAAAAAUGAUAAUUAUAUUAAUAAUGUUAUUACAGAUGUAUUUGGAAUACAAAAAUAUACUCUUGAUUUAUUUUUACACAAGUAUCCAUACUUUUUCCGACAAUUAUUCUUUGCACUUAAAAAUAAAGAUUGGUCUAAUGAAACUAAAGUAUUGUUACUUAUUGGUAAAAAUAUUGAGGGUGUUUCAUUUAAUCUGUAUAAGAGUAUCUUAGCACUUGAUGAUUGUAAGUUAAUUGGUUAUACUAAUAUUGAAAAAUUUUUAAGUAAGUAUAAAGUAGAAAAUGAGAAGAAAAGCUUUCUUUUAAAUUCUGCUUGUGUGGAUUUUUUACUUUCUUCAUUUAUAGAUUCUCUAACAUCAAAAUAUGUUCUUAUUAGUUUGGAUAAAGAUUUUGACAGGAGUAAAUGUUACAUCAAUUUUUUUAAGCUUUUAAGCUUUAAAAAAUUUUUAGUUCUUAAUACAGAAGAUUCACAGGAGAUGGAUACUUCUGGAUAUGAAACUAUCAGACUUUGUAUGAGAAGGACUUUACCCAAAUUGAAUUAUUAUUUCAGCGAAAGAAUUACGAAUUUCUUUAUGAGUAUUGUUUAUUCUAUUAAAAUUUUCUAUUUUAGGAAAUAUAAUAAAAUCGAACCAAUUGAGAAAAUUGAAAGAAUAAGGGCUGAUCAUAAGAUAUUUGAUUUAAGUGAUUAUCAGAGAAUGGCUAGGUAUCUAACAGGACAGAGAGUUGGAUUAGUACUGGGAGGUGGUGGUGCUAGAGGGUUUGCACAUGUUGGUGUUUUACAGGCACUAGUUGAAGAGAAUGUACCAAUUGAUAUAAUAGGAGGUACAUCUAUGGGAGCUAUAAUAGGAGCACUUUACUCAGCCACACUUGAUGUUUCUCAAGUUUAUUACAUGACUCAAAGUAUGGCUAAUACAGCAGUAUCAUGGAUUAACAUUAUAUUUGAUUUUACAUUUCCUUACGUGUCAGUUUUUCAGGGAGGAAUUUUUAAAAAUAUACUCGAUAAAGUAUUUAGUGAUUAUACUUUUGAUUCACUGUGGUUACCAUUCUAUUGUUGUGUUACAGACUUAACUAAUAGAUGUGAAUCAAUUUGUACUAAAGGACCACUUAAAACUUUUUUAUUAGCAUCAUGUUCAUUAAUUUGGUUUUUACCACCCGUUCUAUAUAAAAAUAGACUUUUAAUUGAUGGAGUGUAUGUUAAUAAUGUUCCAUGGAACUAUUUAAUAGAUAAGAGUAAGGGUGUUAAAGAUAUAAUAGCAGUUAAUGUUGUAGAAACACCUGAUGAAAUACCAUCCUAUUAUGAUGCUGAUCCAAAUUAUGCCUGGAGUGGACUUAUUUUAUUUAUUAAGAGAUUUAUAUUUGGAAAGACAAAUCUUCUAUCACAUUCCAGUUUACAAAAUCUAUUAAUUUUUAUGGAAACUGAUAAUAAGUUUAAAAAUAGACCAACUGAAAAUUUCUUAUUAAUUCAACCUAAUUUAGCUGUCUACACUGGUCAUUCAUUUGUUUAUAUUGAUCAGAUUAUUAGUGCAGGAUAUGAGUGUGCUAAAAAGGAAAUUAGAAAAUGGAAAUUAAGAAAGACUAGUAAUAGAGUUAUUGUUAGAAGACAUACUAUUUAA